AUGGGGUGUGAGGCCGUGGUGGAAGUGUCCUGCAGUGAGGCGGAUGCGAAUGAGGCGGCGCAGCUGAUGCCUGUUGAACCCCCGCAGUUGGGUCUGUGGCCGAGUUUAGCUUUGUCCGGCGUGUACAUUGGCAGCAGCAUCAUGUCCUUCCUCGCGAUACGGUACAUCAGAGUGCUGGAGAAGCGGGGGGAGGCCACGUACAACAACGCGGCGAUUGUGAUGUCAAUUGAGGUGGCAAAGAUGCUCGUGUCUGUGACGCUGCGGUACCUGUCGAGUGGUGAAUUCGUGCCGUUUAGUGUGACAGUUGGGCCGCAACGCUGGCAUCUGUGGCGAAUGAGCUGGUUGUACAUCACCCCCGCCUUCCUCUACGCGCUGUACAACAACCUCACCUACGUGAAUCUCCGCCUGUUUGACCCCGGCACGGUGCAGCUGUUUAUGCAGACCCGCAUCCUUUUCACCGGGUUCCUUUUUGUGUUUCUGCUCCACCGGUCCCUCUCCAUGCGGCAGUGGGGAGCGCUUGGGAUCUUGACCGUCGGCCUCUUCAUCAAGUAUGUCUCCCCCACCGUGAUGCAGGCGGUGGGGGUGCGCCUCCUGGCGAUCCAGCUGCAGGCGUUUCUUUCUUCCCUCGCCGGCGUGUACAAUGAGGUGGCCUUCAAACGUGAGGCCGGCACCAGCAUCCAUCUACAGAACUUUUUUAUGUAUUUGUAUGGCAUUUUAUUUAACCUAAUGCUUGGUCUCCUUGUAGCUCCGCAGAAGUACCUUCACGAAAGUAUUUUUUGCAACUCACACGUUAUCUUAAUUCCCAUUAUUUUGCUGGGAACCAUAAACGGCCUCACUGCGGCAUUCAUGCUUAAAUUUAUCAACGUCAUUGUAAAGGCCUUCGCCGCCUCCGUGGAGGUGAUUCUCACACCCGUUGUGGCAGCUGCCGUACUUGGGGAACCACUCACGUGGCAAGACUUCACGGCAGGCGUCUUUGUCAUGUGUUCAGUGUACCUUUACUACACCAAAGGAUGUGGCGGCAAUGUCACGUGUAAAUCGAAGUAG